AUGGAUCCAAGCCUUUCGGACCUUGUGCUCGAUACUCGGAUAAACGUGGAGUUUGGGGACAACGUCACCUACCGGCACACGGUGCAAUCGAAGGUUUCCACGGCUGAGACAUGUGCGGCGCAGGCAGCGGAAGGACGAAUGGCGAAUGGAAAAGAUACUUGGCAGGGGCUUCUUUGGCAUCGUUCUCUCCAUAAUUGCCUGACAAGUGAAGGACCGGCCGAAUUGCAGGCCGUGAAGAUGAUUGACAAAGCCGUCGUCUCCGAGGGAAUUGACUACUACGAGGAGCUAGAAGCAAUUGCAAAAUUUUCGCAGAAAAAGUACGAUGGUCUAUUCGUCGAAUUCAUUGGCUGGUAUGAGAAUGAUACCUCUGUCUUCAUUGUGAUGGAGUACGUGGAGCAUGGCGAUCUGAACUCGCAUCUCAAAAAGCCGUUGCCUGAGAACGAAGCACGAGAAAUCGCGUUACAAAUAGCGGAAGGCCUCGAACUCCUCCAUGAGAGCGGCUUUGCUCAUCGGGAUCUCAAGCCUGCGAACAUCUUUGUCUUUCGAAAAAGUCCCGACUGGUGGGUGAAAAUCGGCGACUUUGGGAUUAGUAAACGCUUCAACAACGGUGACGGCCUUCAAACGUGGGCAGGAACUCCGGCGUUUCUUGUACCGGAGAUACGAUUCCUUGAUGCUUCUUACAUGGGAGAUGACGGCCUUGAGUCCUCCUACACAGAGAAAGUCGACAUAUGGGCAUUGGGCGUCAUCACAUACUACAUGAUUUUUCACUUGUUUCCAUUCGCCACUAAAAGUUCGACGAGCCUGAAACAGUAUAUCCAGGGCGGUCCUCUUCCUUUGCCAUUCUUAACGGUCAGCGAGAAGUGUUGUGACUUUAGCAAGGCGGCAAAGGCCCCGACGGCCUCGAAGAGACUCUCUGCCAAGGAAGCUACGCAAAACGACUGGCUCCGGCGCACUGAUAUUCCACUCGCUGACAUGGCAAGCAUGAGUAUUACAAAGCGAAGUCGUCGAGGGAUUGCUUCGAAGCAAGACCAUCGAGAACUGCCAAAGCCUGCGCCAAAAGUGGCCAGCAAUCAAUUGUCCAGAGAGAUGGAUGAUGAGGCCAAUGUUUCAGCAGAAAGCUCGGACUGGUUCACUGCGGAUGAUGGCUCUGAAGCUGAAGAACAGUCCGAUUCACUAUUUAGACAGGAUUCGUUUUCCGAAUCUUCACUUGUCUCUCUUGGACCGCAAAAACUCCUAGAGUGGACAACGACGAAGUUUCUCGUGUCUCCACAUAAUCAAGGACUGCAAUUUUUCCGCGCAGACAAAUUAGAUGAAGCCGAGCUACUGGCUCUACAUAAUGAAGGAGUGCAGUUCUUCCGCGAAGACAAGUGGAAGGAAGCCGAGGCAAUGCUUCAAACAGCGGUCGAGAAACGCAACGAACUGCUUGGUUUGGUACACCGGGACACUCGCAAUUCAUAUCAUUGCUUGGGCGUUCUUUACUAUCAUAUGGCCAAGUUUUCCCAAGCCAAAUACCUAUUUCAUCAGGUACUGAAGGCUCAACUGAAGGUUUAUGGUCCGAAAAACGCAUCUACGCUCAAGUCUCGUUAUUGGAUUGGGGUCCUAGAGAUGCGCGAAGGUAACUACGGAAAGGGACAGGCUGUUUUGCGGCUUGUGGCACGCACGCAGAAAAAAGUCCUCGGGUCGAACCACCCAGACACCCUUCUCUCGAUCUCUGCAUCUCAAUGGCAGCCUCCACCACCACCUAUAUCCCCAGAGAUUUUGGAGAUGAAUCAAGCCACGAUCACCAUGAAAAAGACCAUCCGGGAACUCUUGAGAGGGUCAUUGAAACGCUCGCCAUGUAGUGCACCUCGAAGAAGGAUAAAAAUUUACGUGACACUGCCAACAAGCUCUCCAAAAAUCAUACCAAACGAUAAGCCCAAGCUCUCAGUCUCAUCCAUUGUUGAGGCCCAUUAUCGCACCAUUGCUGAGUUGGGCCAAAUUUUGCAUGGACAGGCAGACUAUUUGGGUGCCAGAGAACAUCUCAAAAAGGCAGUGAGCGGAUUGAAAGAGGCUCUUGGAUCAUCCCAUGUCGACUCACUCGAUGCACUUUAUUGGCUUGGUCGCAACGAAUACUCACAAGGACAAUGCAAGAGCGCCGAAGCAAUGUUCAGAGAAGUGGCAGAUGGACGAAGAGCAAGUCUUGGUCUGAGCAACAAGAGCACGCUUCAGUCUCUCAAUGCUCUUGGACAGGCACUUACCCAGCAAAAGAAAUGGGUAGAUGCCGAAAGUGUGCUUCGGGACACUGUCAGUGGGUGGGACCAGGUGAAUUCUGUGCAUUAUGAGGAUUCAGGACAAUCAGUCACGUUACUUGGUUCAGCCUUAUACAAGCAAGGGAAACUUGAAGAGACGGUGGACUUUCUCUGGGCUGCCAUUCAACGAAUUCCCGCCGUGGAAACCAAAAAUCACACAAUGUAUUGGGCGGCCCUCUGGCUUGGGACUGCCCUGCAUGACCAGCAGAUGUAUUCCCAGUCUGAAAUGGCUUUUCGCUGGGCUGUGACUGCGUCAAGUAAUGAUAAAGACUUGUCGAGGAGUUCUUUCUGGAUGGCCAGAGUCAUGAGUAUGCAGAAGAAACAUAAACAAGCCGAGCAGCUUCCGCUCUGUCUUGGAGGAUCAAAUCAUCAGAAUUGGUAA